AUGCCGGACACACUGUCGUUAUCAACUAGUCUGAGCUUGGGCCUGCUCGCUGGAAUUGUAUCUGGAGUGUGCUUCAUCUUCGCGAAUGGAUUGACGAGACCAAGUGAGGAACGGAAAAAGGCGAGAAGGCUAUGCAUAACUGCUAAAGAGGACCACAUAUGUCGUGGAUGUGGCGGCGACAAGUUUGGCGGCGUGGUUCCCUGCAUCUGUGAAAAGUACAAUCCUGUUAAAUUUGAAUCAGGCGCGUGGUUCUUGAAAAAAGUGCAACAAGCGCUCAGCCUUAUGCCGUGGUCAUUCAAUACAGAUAAAUUAGAACAAAUUGAUGAAGAAGAAUGUGACGCGCCUAGCUCGAGUGAAGGUCGCGGAGAUUUGCACAAUGUCAGAGAGUUCCUGGAAGCGAUAUCUGCUCGUCUCGCGGGGGGUCCUCUCGAGGGCACCAGAGUCGCACCGCUGUAUGACCAUCCAGCCUGUGAG